AGGUUAGUAGCUCCAUCCCCCCAAAACAGCCAGACGAUGGCAGCGGUGGAGCAGCAGGACGCGAGCGCGCGGUACUUUGCCCGGCCGAAAAAGAUACCGCUCCCGACCAACUACCGGAACGCGAUCAAGUACGUCCGGCUGGCGAUCGAGGAGCAGCGUAACGUGCAGGAGCUGCUCGACCAGGACCGGCACUUCCGGGUGGGUCGCACAAUCGUGGGCCGGGUGUUGAGCAACUGGCCCAAAAUCGAGGCCGUCUAUGCGAGCCUCGACCUGGCGGCGAAGGAGCCGCGCCUGAACCCGUGGCUGGCGAAGGUGCUGAUCAGCGAGCUGCUGUUCGGGAGCGGCCGGCUGGUCGGCAACUCGCUGCCGGUCGAGUGCGUGCUGCAGUACGAGCAGCAGGUGCACGGCGCCCACAAGGAGCUGCUGGAGAAGAUGCCGGCCGCGGGCCACGUCAAAGAGCCACGGUUCGUGCGCAUCAACACGAACGUGCUGGACCUGGAGGGCGCGAAGCGCCUGCUGGCUGAGGAGCAGUGGAUGCUGGUGGAGGAGCGCUUCGCCGACUACGGUGCGUUUAUCGAGCGCGUCAAAACGCUCGCCGACGCGGAGUACAUGGAGGACUUUCACUUUCCCGAUCUGCUGGUGUUCCCGAACAGUGCCAAAUCGUUCUGGUCGCGGGCCACGCACCUGCACGACCAGUUCCUGCUGCAGAACAAGGCCUGUCUGCUGCCGACCUAUCUGCUGAAGCCGAGCAAAAAGUCCGUCGUGCUGGACAUGUGCGCGGCGCCCGGCCUGAAGACGACGCAUCUCGCCUGCCUGAUGAAGAACCGGGGCCGCGUCUACGCGGUGGAGCGCCACGAGAAGCGAUACCAGACGCUGUGCCAGUACGCCAGUGCGUUCGGCGUGAUCAAGACGAUCCACAGCGACUGUCUCGACCUGACCGACGAGCAGCUGCCGGGCGUCGAGUUCGUUCUGGUCGAUCCGAGCUGCUCCGGGUCGGGCAUGCUGCAGCGCCAGAUCGUGCCGGAACCGGUCGACCAGGAGCGGCUGUUCAAGCUCGCCGGCCUGCAGUACAAGCUGGUGUCGCACGCGAUGAACGCGUUCCCGGGCGUGCGCCGCAUCGUCUACUCGACCUGCUCGCUGCACGAGGAGGAGAACGAGCAGGUGGUGCAGGGCGUGCUGCGGCACAACGGCCACUUCCGGCUGCUGGACGCGCGCAAGGAGCUCGGCAAGGAGUGGCCGAACGUCGGCUCCCCCGACUACCCGGACAUCGGCGAGCGCUGCCUGUACGCGAAGACGGUCGACGAUCUGACGAUCGGCAUGUUCGUCGCCGUGUUCGAACGGUGCCCGGAGGGGGUGCAGAACGAGGUGUAUCUGGCGCACGAGAAGCAGAAGGAAAGCUACGAGCGGAUGCACUGGUACAGCGACAAGGCGGAAAGGGCGCUGGCCGAGGCAAGGGGCAAACACCAGCGCACGUAUCGGACAAGUGAGCGGGGGGAGGGAGAACUGAACGGGCAGGCAGAGGCGGAUACAGGGGUGGUGGCGGUGCAGCAUAACGCUGCCAAAACAUCCACAACGGAACUGAAGGUUCCAGAGCGGAGCGUACAGGAGGAAGGGGUACAGGAGGCGAAUGGGCUGGAAAAUGUAGAAGUAGAGGUAAAUGGUGAAACCAAGACGAAGAAAAAACGGCCAAAAAAAGAUAAGGAAGAAGAGGAAAAUGUGCUGGAAAAUGUAGAAGCGGAAGUGAAUGGUGAAACCAAGACGAAGAAAAAACGGUCAAAGAAAGAGAAGGAAAAGGAGGAAGAUGGAUUGGAAAAUGUAGAAGUAGAGGGGAAUGGUGAAUCCAAAACGAAGAAAAAACGGAUAAAGAAAGAGAAGGAAGAGGUGGAAAAUGGGCUGGAAAAUGUAGAAGUAAAGGUGGAAGUUGAAGGCAAAGUGGAGAAAAAACGGAUAAAGAAAGAGAAGGUAAAGGAGGAGAAUGGCCAGCCUGACGGGGAGACAGCAGAAUACCAUAUGCAGCGAAAUGUUGAGUUGGACGUUGAAAUUAAAUCAGAGAAAAAGCGAAAGAAGAAAGAGAAGCUUCAGGAACAGAAUGGGCACCAUGAGGUACAGGAACAACCAGUAGGAGAGCAGGAGGUGAAAGAAGAACUCACAGAAGCAGCAACAGCAAAAAAGCACAAAAAGAGCAAGAAAAGGAAGACUACCGAAGGAGAGGAGCCAACGGUGCAGCAGGAAGGUACGGAGACGACGGAAAAGGUUAAAUCCAAAAAGCGGAAGAAGGUGGAGCAGUGAGUGAAGUCAAUUCAUCCAAUGAGUUGACACUUGUUUUGUACAGGAUUCUCUCACUCUCUCUCUCAAAGGUACUAUAAGAGUAAGCUGUUAACAGUGAACUUUUGCGAAACCAACCGGAUUUUGGUUUUCUAUACAAAUAAAACACGUUUGCCAGCA